ACAAAUUUAUUGCUUCAGAGUCAGUCAAAAUGACGACGAAACCGGCUCGAGGAGUUCAUUUUAAGAUCAUCCUGGUCUGUUUGGCAUUCGGAUUACCUUUGGGACAUGAAGUUAUUGCCAAAGAAUAUGACAAGCACCAUAUGCAAAAUUCAAACUCAACGAAAAAGGUCGAAACGAAGAUGGAACAUUCCGCCUCGAAUAAGACACAUGUCCAUCGUCAAGAGACCGAGAAAAAGGGCAUCGUCGACACGAAAAAAGAAGGGUGGACAGCCGAUGAGUUGGAGUGCCCAAAUAGCGGCGUACUUCACCGUCAAUGCACCUUCAAAUGCCAUAAAAUCUCCGAAAGGGACAAUUCAAGGAUUUGCUCAACAAUCACCGAUGUUAAGCGAUGUUCGUGUAGUGGCAUGAAGAUGGAGCUCAAGGACAAAAUCGUUUACGACUUGGAAACUGGAAUUGUUCUUACCCAAACUAGUGGAUUUGAUUCCAUUUCUGGGCUUUGCAAAUCUUGUGUCGAGACUUGUAAAAAGGUCCCAGAGUCCAAUAAAAAGAAGCUCAAAUCCGGUUGGAAGAAAAUAAGCUUCCAUUGCACCAACGAAUCUGAAGCUUUGAAUCAAACCUCCGUUACGGAUAUGAGUACUUUGAUAUUCACCUCAACUACCGUGACCACUCCGGAAGCACAAACCGAUUACAGUGAGGAGGAAACGGAAGAAAUCUCGGAGGAAUACUCAGAUGAAAUGAGGGUCAAUUCUGGAGAAACAACGAAUUCAACGGUCAGCAUGAAGAAAAUUGUUGACUACGAUACUCUAGAAGAAAGUAGUGAAGAAAUAGAUGAGACUGAGGAGGCAUCAAGUGAGGAGUCAGUUUCAGAGCAAUAUUCUGCCAGUCCAGAAGCUGUCAAGGCUCGAGAAGAAUAUUUGGAGGUGGCUUAUUCCGAGGACACAUUGGAAGAUUACAAUAAUCCUUCCUACAAAGACAAAGCUUUGUUCUCUGAAAGAGUAAUUGCUCGACCAAAUGCUGCAGAAGAGUACUAUGAUCCUUAUCUGUACAACAUCUAUGAUGAUGUGGGUGACCUUGUUCGAGAUCGACGUUCCACCGACGAUUCCCUCCAAGAAUUAACGUACUACAACGAUGAGCAAGAUCUUGGACAGAUGCUCGUGGAGGAUUCUCCACCUACACUAGCUGUUGAGUACCAAGAAAACAUUGAGAGAUUGGGAAGCGACGAAAGCCUCCCCGAACAAGACAGAGUGGUCCACAGACCAAAGCCUAAAAACACACAUCACCAUCCCAAGCACCAAAAAGCCACAUUGGCACCAUCGAAUGACUACGAAAAUUAUAUUGAAACUCCAAAUACAAAUCAAACGACAAAGACUCCACAUGGAACCUCAGAUGACAAGUCCACUACGACAAUAUCUGAUGUAACGAACUCAAUAGAAAAACAUAAUGGAUCUUCAAGAGCGCUGGAAGUAAAUCAAACUAACAUUGGAUCAGCUUUAAAUCAAGAGUUGGGAAAUUCUUUGGAAAACAGACUGCUAGUCGAGACCCAAUUUCACCCUCCCACGAUUGAUCGGUCCAAGCCUUGUUCUCCCAUGGGCAAUGAGACCCGGUUCUGCACUGAAGAUUGCGCUCAAGAUGGGAAGACUUGCGUCAUGAAAGUGGAACUGAAUCGAUGCACUUGCUCGGGAUACCACGUGGUUUUAACCGAGAUCCAAAAAUGGGACAUGAUCCGGAACGAAGACGUAUUUCUCAGUACACCUGAUGGACAACAUUAUGGGACAGGUUAUGUGCGAGAAUGUGGAUCCUGUGUCGACUAUUGUCGAGAUUGGCCGGGAGAAAUUAAGGAACAUCAGGUCAACACCGCAGGGCUCUCGUGUAAAGAAGUGGCAGAGUCUUUUGAUAAUCAAAAGAAAGAUGACUAAAUAUUUAAAUUAUUAUGGAGCAAUAACAUAAGAUCUGAGUUCA